AAGCAACACCAAGGCCUCUUUAGUCUUCCAUCCGUCCCACCACUCCUUCCACCCACCCCUCAGAUCCCGAUCCAACCCCCCCUCCUCCUCCGCUGUCCAGAUCCAGCCGCCGCCGCCGCCGUCGCCGGCGGGCGGCGUGGCCAGAUCCGGCGCCAUGGAGAAGCCGAGCACGCUGCUGGUCCACUUCGACAAGGGCUCCGCCGCCAUGGCCGGUGAGAUCAAGGCGGAUCUCGAGGGCAGCGACGUGGCCGCCAAGGUGGACGCCAUGAAGCGCGCCGUCAUGCUCCUCCUCAACGGCGAGACCCUCCCCACCCUCUUCAUCACCGUCGUCCGCUACGUCCUCCCCUCCGAGGACCACACCAUCCAGAAGCUGCUCCUCCUCUACCUCGAGAUCAUCGACAAGCGCGACGCCGCCGGCAGGGGCCUCCCGGAGAUGAUCCUCAUCUGCCAGAACCUCCGCAACAACCUCCACCACCCCAACGAGUACAUCCGCGGCGUCACCCUCCGCUUCCUCUGCCGCCUCUCCGAGCCCGAGGUGCUCGAGCCGCUCGUGCCCUCCAUCCUCGAGAACCUCGACCACCGCCACCACUUCAUCAGGCGCCACGCGCUCUCCGCGAUCUCCUCCAUCUACCGCCUCCCGCACGGCGACCAGCUCGUCCCCGACGCGCCCGAGCUCGUGGAGCGCGCGCUCGCCUCGGAGCAGGACGCCUCCGCGCGCCGGAACGCGUUCCUCAUGCUCUGCACCUGCGCGCAGGAGCGCGCCGUCGCGUACCUGCUCUCCAACGCCGACCGCGUCGCCGAGUGGCCCGACCUCCUGCAGAUGGCCGCCGUCGAUCUCAUCCGCAAGGUCUGCCGCUCCCCGAACCGCGCCGACAAGGGAAGGUAUAUCAAGAUCAUCAUCGCCCUUUUGUCAUCCCCCAGCACCGCUGUUGUCUAUGAGUGCGCUGGUGCGCUCGUGUCGCUCUCCUCGGCGCCCACUGCCGUGCGCGCUGCCGCAAACACGUACUGCGAGCUGCUGUCGUCACAGAGCGACAACAAUGUGAAGCUCAUUGUCCUGGACCGCCUGAAUGAGCUGCGCACCUCGCACCGUGAUGUGAUGGUGGAUGUAGUGAUGGACGUGCUGCGUGCACUCGCCAGUCCCAACUUGGAUGUUAAGAGGAAGGUGCUGGAUUUGGUGCUCGAUCUGCUCACCGCUCGUAAUGUGGAGGAGGUUGUUCUGUACCUCAAGAAGGAGGUGGUCAAGACGCAGGCAGGGGAACUUGAGAAGAGUGGUGAAUACCGCCAGAUGCUGGUGCAGGCGAUCCAUGCCUGUGCUGUGGAGUAUCCAGAGGUGGCUGGGUCAGUGGUGCACCUACUCAUGGAUUUCCUUGGUGACACUAAUGUUGCUGCUGCAGUUGAUGUUGUGUUGUUCGUGCGUGAGAUCAUUGAGACUAAUCCCAAGCUGCGUGUGUCCAUGAUCCAGAGAUUGAUUGAUACAUUCUAUCAGAUCCGGGCAUCCCGUGUGUGCUCGUGUGCUUUGUGGAUCCUUGGGGAGUACUCUCUCUCCUUAUCAGAGGUUGAGAAUGCUAUCUCCACCAUUAAGCAAUGCCUUGGCGAUGUACCGUUCUAUACAGUAUCUGAGGAAGGGGAGGCAACUGACUCAGCCAAGCCAGCACAACCAGUGGUGAACUCUGUUACCGUGUCUUCUAGGCGGCCUGUUGUUCUUGCAGACGGCACUUAUGCCACACAGAGUGCUGCCACUGAGGCCAUUUCUACUCCAUCAGUUGCUCCUGGGUCAUUAUCAUCGACCCUGAAUCUCAGAUCACUCAUUCUGUCAGGCGAUUUCUUCUUGGCUGCCGUUAUUUCCUGUACCUUGACCAAACUUGUAUUGAGGCUGGAGGAGGUUCAGCCCUCAAUGGUUGAAGUGAACAAGGCUUGUACUGGGGCUUUGCUGGUCAUGACAUCCAUUCUGCAGCUGGGACAAUCAUCUUACCUUCCACACCCAAUUGAUAAUGAUUCAUAUGACAGGAUAGUGCUUUGUGUGAGGUUGCUUUGCAAUACUGGUGAUGAUGUCAGGAAGGUCUGGUUACAGUCAUGUAGGCAGAGCUUUGCAAAGAUGCUUGCUGAGAAGCAGUUCCGGGAGACAGAGGAGAUGAAGGCAAAGGCACAGAUCUCUCACGCUCAACCAGAUGAUCUUAUAGAUUUCUACCACCUGAAGAGCAGAAGGGGCAUGAGUCAGCUUGAGUUGGAAGAUGAAGUUCAAGAUGACUUGAAGGCUGCAACUGGUGGGUUUACUAAGGAUGCAUAUGAUGCAAACAGACUUAACCGCAUUCUUCAGUUGACUGGAUUCAGUGAUCCUGUGUAUGCUGAAGCAUAUGUGACAGUUCAUCAUUAUGAUAUUGUACUUGAUGUGACUAUCAUUAACCGUACAAAGGAGACACUUCAGAACUUGUGCUUGGAAUUGGCUACAAUGGGAGACCUCAAACUUGUUGACCGCCCUCAGAACUACACCUUGGCUCCUGAGUCAAGCAAACAAAUCCGUGCUAAUAUCAAGGUUUCAUCAACAGAGACUGGAGUAAUAUUUGGGAACAUUGUUUAUGAAACUUCAAAUGUGAUGGAGCGAUCAGUGGUUGUGCUAAAUGAUAUUCACAUUGACAUCAUGGAUUAUAUCUCACCAGCAACUUGCGCUGAUGUUACUUUCCGUAACAUGUGGGCAGAAUUUGAGUGGGAAAACAAGGUGGCAGUGAAUACUGUCAUUCAGAAUGAGAAGGAGUUUUUGGAUCAUAUCAUCAAGUCAACAAACAUGAAGUGUCUAACACCACCGUCUGCGCUUGACGGAGAAUGCGGUUUUCUCGCCGCUAACCUUUAUGCAAAGAGUGUUUUCGGUGAAGAUGCUUUGGUAAAUAUCAGCAUCGAGAAGCAGUUUGAUGGCAAGCUCAGUGGUUACAUCAGAAUAAGGAGCAAGACCCAGGGAAUCGCACUCAGCUUAGGAGACAAGAUUACCCUCAAGCAGAAGGGAGGCAGUUAACUGCCAUGACUCUGUCACGGUUGUAUCAUCAUUUUUAGUAAAUUCCACGCUUUAGUGGGAUUGAAUUGUUGAGUAAAGUUCUUUUUUGUACAAAAGAUCAAAGAAAGGAAAGAGAACCGGGAUGAUGUUCCCAGUUGGAUAAUGCUCCAGAGCUAUUGAAGGACGACAAGGUUUAGUUCAAUCCGGAUUUGCCUCCUGUCCCUGUUAUUGGAGUGUUAGUCUUUUUGAUAAAAAGAAAUGACGAUGUAGAAAUAGAUGUGAAGUUUUUGUCGAUUAUUAUUAACAGGCAGAGCAAUUGUGGCCUUUGUGUUACGACCGCCUACCUUGUCUUGUGUUUAUUUGUUCGGUUAAAGUUCAAAAGGAGGUAUAUCGCACAUUCACACUUAAUUGUUGUUUUCAAUAAUCCAUUUGGGUUCGCUUUUGUUUUGUUUAA